UUUUAUUAAUUUUUUUUUUUUUUCCAAAGAAUACUUUUAUCCUCCUGGAACGGGAAAGAUCCAUCUGAAUUUGUUCCCCUCCGACAGCGAAGAGAGCUGCAGGCGGCGAGGAAAACCAAGAUAGGAAAGAAAACAAGAAAAGAAAACGCAAAAGAGGAUAGAAGAGAGAAAAAUUGUGGGAAGCAAAGCUAAAGAUCCCGCCUCCGUUCGGCGGAUGCGAUGGUUCUUUGGUUGGAUUCGGGCGUCGUGUGAUCCGUUGCAGCUCGGAUCGCCUUCACGAUGUGGUUUUCUUUCUGGCGAUCCAGAAAUCGCUUCUCCUUGGAAGAACUCCGAUAUGUAACAGAUCAGCUACAGAAGGUUCAAAUUGUGAACGAAGUUAACAAGGAUUUUGUGAUUGAAGCAUUGAGAUCAAUCGCGGAAUUAGUGACGUAUGGCGAUCAGCAUGAUCCAUCUUUUUUUGAAUUCUUCAUGGAGGAACAGAUCAUGAGUGAAUUUGCACGCAUAUUGAGGAUUAGUAGGCCAGCAAAAGUUGCGGUUCAGUUGCUACAGACAAUGAGCAUUAUGAUCCAGAAUUUAAGAAGUGAACAUGCAAUUUAUUAUAUUUUCAGUAAUGAACACAUGAACUUCCUCAUAACGUAUUCCUUUGACUUUCAAAAUGAAGAGCUUCUGUCAUACUACAUAUCCUUUUUAAGGGCUAUAAGUGGGAAGCUGAACAGGAAUACAAUCUCAUUGCUUGUGAAGACUCACUAUGAUGAGGUAGUCUCCUUUCCACUCUAUGUUGAGGCCAUACGGUUUGCUUUCCAUGAAGAAACUAUGGUCCGUAUUGCAGUACGUGCAUUGACCCUUAAUGUCUAUCAUGUUGGAGAUGAAUAUGUGAACAGAUAUGUUUCACGCGCCCCCUUGUCAGAUUAUUUUUCGAAUAUGGUUAAAUACUUCCGGAAGCAAUGUGCCAGCUUGGAUGAAUUGGUUUCUCAAGCAGCUAGGAAUCCUUACCCAUCUGAUCCAGCCUCCUGCAUUCUUGCUGCAGUGGAUGAAAUUGAGAACAACUUAUACUAUUUUAGUGAUGUUAUAUCAGCUGGGGUUUCUGAUCUUGGAAUAUUAAUAACUGAUAAUAUACUGCAACUUUUGGCUUUUCCAUUGCUUCUGCCCUCACUGAAAAAGCAAAGUGGUGGUGCACAAAUAGGCAUCACCACCACCUUAUAUUUACUUUGCUGUAUAUUACAUAUUUUUAAAUCCAAAGAUUUGGCAAGUAUUAUUGCUGCCACACUUUUCUACCCACCAGAGGUUUUUGUUAUGAAAUUUGAAUCAUCACCCAAUGGCUAUUCCUUCGAGCAUAGAGUUUCUCAAGAAUACCAGCAGCACGAUCCUUAUUCUAUUGGUGCUCAAGCAAAUACAGAAGACUUGGGAAUUUCUACGCGAGAUUGUUCUGGUUCUGGUCAACAAUUUUUGCCAAAUCAUUGUUGUUCCUCUCGAAGUGAUACUUGUGGCUCACAAUGUACCUUGAGGGAGGUAUUGCUAUCAUAUGUCAGUGGUGGAAAUGACUUAGAAGUUUUGGGUUCUUUGAGUUUUCUAGCAACCUUGCUGCAAACAAAAGAACUAGAUGAAUCAAUGCUAGAUGGACUUGGAAUUCUUCCUCAAAGAAAGCAACAUAAGAAGCUCUUGCUACAAGCUUUAGUAGGUGAAGACUCUGGUGAGGAGCAGCUGUUUUCUUCAGAGAACAGCAUGAUGAGAGAUAGCAUAACUACCGAACUUGAUAGAUACCUGCACAAAGUUGAGGAACAGUUUGGCCUAUUGAGUCGUGCAGAACAAGGGAUUAGCUCUCAACUACACAGAUCUCAGGUGCUCGAUGCGCUAGUCAGUCUUUUCUGCAGGUCCGAUGUAUCUGCAGAUAUACUAUGGGCUGGUGGUUGGCUAUUACGGCAGCUGCUCCCGCAUGGGGAAGAAGAAUUCACUUCUCUUCAUCUUGAACGACUGAAGGAUUCAAACCAGUACUCCACUGCUUAUCUUUUGACGGAAAUUAAAGGGAGCUGGUGCGAUCUGCUUAUAACGGUUCUUAAAGAUCAAUGGAAGAAUUGCAAGAGAGCAAUCGAGGCUUCAUCACCUCCAAAAAACCCAAGAGCCAUACUUCUGCCAUCACAGACAUUCUCUUCUGGAGGUGAAUCCUCUUUUGCUGCUGGUGAAAGAAUGUGCGAGAUGGUCAAGGUAUUUGUACUUCAACGUCAGCUUAUAUUUUUAUCAUUUGGAGGAACUUUAGCUGACCUACCUCCGAGUCAUUCUCCCAUAGAUUCUCCUGUAUCUUCCCAAGCAAAAACUGCUGGGUUGGAUGUUCUAGUACCUAAACCUGGCUGCGAAAUUAACUUAGUCAAUGCGGUAUCUUGUAGAAUAGCAUUUGAGAGAGGAAAAGAACGCCACUUUUUCUUUUUAGCACUGUCAAGGGGAACAUCUGGGUGGAUUCUCCUUGCAGAAGAAUUACCACUCAAACAGCAAUCUGGAAUUAUUCGUGUCACAGCGCCCUUGGCCGGCUCAGAUCCGAGAAUAGAUGAAAAGCAUUCGAAGUGGUUGCAUUUAUGCAUUCGCCCAUCAAAUUUAUCCUUAUUGGACCCUACGAAGUAUGAUGCUUUAAGCAAAGGGAAGACAAAGAUUUUGCCUGAUGGGAGAUGGACACUAGCUUUCAGGGAUGAGCAAUCUUGCAAGACAGCUGAGUCUAUGGUAAUUGAAGAGAUAAAUCUGCAACGCAGGGCAGUGGAGCAGAGGCUGAAGCCAUUGCUUGAACUUGAUAUACCCGGACAUACUCCAGGACCUUGUACUCUGGAGGCAUCAACAGCAGAAGUUGGUUAGUGAUUUUUUGUAGAUUCCCACAAAUGGAAUUGUGAAAUAAUUAGCGGCUUUUCAGCAUGGAGAGAGUUGUGCCUGGUAUCUUUUACAAGUACUCACCGACAUCUGUAUGAUAUGAGCAGUGUAGUUCUCCUAAGUCACCAUUUUUACACCAAAUGUAGAGUUUGAGUGAUUUGAGUGCGCGGCGGCUCAAUGCCAUUCUUUGUACAUUAGUUGUAUCUACUUUCUCUUUUUUAUUCUAUAUGUUCCAUUAUUCAUUUUUUAACUAGCCAUAGAGCAAAAAUCAGUUGUAUUCACUCAGAUCAAUUGUAUGGUGGACCAUUGUGGAUGAUAUAUACUACAGGCUGGUGGUUAGGAGUUCUCGCACAA